GCUAUAAAGCCCAAUCGCCGUCUCUUUUCAAAAGCAACUUCCUCAGUGAACACAAAAGUUGGCACGAUGGUCAAGUACAUUACUGGCGAUGAACUCGCAGCCUUGAUGAAGGACGAUACCAAACAAGCGAAGAAAGAUUUCCUGGUCGUGGACGUUCGAGACGACGACUUUAUCGGUGGGAACAUCGUUGGGUGCUUGAACAAGCCGUCGGGAGAGUUCUUGAACACCGUCGAUGAGCUCGUCAAGGAUACGAAAGAUGUCCCGCUCGUUAUCUUCCACUGUGCGCUUUCCCAAGUUCGAGGUCCCAAGGCUGCAAGGAUAUACAAAGAAACAAGAGAAAACUUGUUGGGCCCUAAUCAGAGCCAAGAAAUCGCCGUCCUGCGAGAAGGAUUCACUCAAUUCCAGGUGAAAUACAAGGAUGAUCCCGACUUGGUGGAGAACUAUAAAGCAGAGUACUGGAGGACGUGGUAAUCGACCGUCGACUGACUUUGGAUACCCCAUCCUAUCACCUCCCGCCUCCUACCAUCUUCAGCUGAUAUGGAUACCCUAAUCCUGCCCUUCUGCAGCCCCUCCGUCACAGUAUCCGAUAGGAUACGUCCAUGCUGACCAAAUAUCGAGCCACGCCUCCGGCCCACACAGCCCUUCACAUCCUCCAAACCCAUCUAAUCCGUCCACCAGGCCAAUACACGCAUCACGCCGAAGAAGUUGACGUCGAUCCUGUACCAGCCUCACCCGCACCAUCCUGCUUCACCUUCCUCGGAGGCAUACUUUCAAUAAUCUGCUCGAUCCUCCUCCUCUCAUCCCGGAACUGUUUCUGACAUAAAUGCCUGUUUUAGAUAUACACGGUUAAUCAGUAUUG